AUGUAUAACCCCGGCGCAGUUUCCGCUUACAUCGAGGAGCUCGGCGCUCCUCCACCAGCCGGCCAGGCUCAUGGCGUUGCGCUUCCGGGCACCGAAAAGCCCAAUCGCAGCCGCGUAUAUCGCCACUGGCAGUUUGCCAACCGGCCGCUGCUCGAGACGCUCGAUCCCGCCGUCCGGACCCUCCACGACCUGUUUGAGUCGUCUGCGCAGCAGUUUUCCAGGAAUGCCUGCCUCGGCGCGCGCAAGUGGCUGCCAGAGUCCAGGGCCUGGGACACCAAGUUUAGCUGGCUCACGUAUGCGCAAGUCGCCGAGCGGCGCAAAAACUUUGGCGCGGGCAUCGUGGAGCUUCAUGACCGCAUCGGGCAUGUCAAGCAGGGCCAGUACCCAAUUGCUCUGUGGGCGCCGAACAAGCCGGAAUGGCAGAUUGUUGAACUUGGCUGCAUGUCACAGAGCCUCUUUACCGUUUCUCUUUACGAGACACUCGGCCCCGAUACCGCAGAAUUCAUCCUCAACCACGUCGAAGCUUCCUGCAUCGUUGCUUCUUUACCCCAUAUCCCCAGCCUUUUGAAAAUCAGCUCCCGUCUGCCUCAUCUCAAGAUGAUCAUCUCCAUCGAUCCUCUCGACAAUGGAGAGCAAGAAGCUUACACCAAGCGCUCGCUGCUCUCGCAGCUGGCGAGCGAGCGCGGCCUGCAGCUCUACUCGCUCGACGAGGUGGAGAAGCUGGGCCGCGCAUCGCAGAGACCCAUGCGCCCUUCGACCGCCGACGACAUCUACACCAUCAACUACACCUCUGGCACGACGGGCGUGCCCAAGGGCGUCAUCAUCACGCACAAGUCGGCGCUCUCCUCCAACUGCGUCAGCCGCAUCAUGAGCGGCGGCGUGAGCAGCGACGUCGGCCUCUCCUACCUGCCGCUCGCGCACCUCCUGCAGCGCCUGGUCGAGCAGGAGGCCUUUGCCUCUGGCUCGCGCAUCGGCUACUUUCGCGGCGACCUGACCGGCCUGCCCGACGACAUCAAGCUGCUGCGGCCCACCACCUUCAUCUCGGUGCCGCGCCUCUUUAACCGCUUCAACGCCGCCAUCCGCGCCGCCAGCAUCGACGCGCCCGGCUUCAAGGGCGCCCUCUCGCGCCACGUCAUCGACGCCAAGCUCGCCACCAUGAAGCUGCCCAUGGGCGAGGCCUACAACACGCACUGGCUCUACGACCGCGUGUGGACCGCCAAGGUCAAAGCCGCCAUGGGCUUUGACCGCCUGCGCGCCAUGGGCGGCGGCAGCGCGCCCAUUGACCCCCAGGUGCAGACGUUUCUCGGCGCCGCGCUCGCCGUGCCCUUUGCCCAGGCGUACGGCAUGACGGAAACCUCGGGCGUCGCCACCUGCCAGCUCAAGGGCGACUUUGAGACGGGCCACGUCGGCCCGCCCAUGCCGUGCGUCGAAAUCUGCCUCGAGUCCGUGCCCGAGCUCGACUACCGCGUCAACGACCAGCCGCGGCCGCGCGGCGAGAUUCUCAUGCGCGGGCCGUCCAUCUUUGGCGGCUACUACAAGAACGAGGCGGAAAACGCCAAAGCCCUCGAGCCCGACGGCUGGUUCCACACGGGCGACAUUGCCGAGAUUGACGAGCUCGGCCGCGUCAAAAUCAUUGACCGCAAGAAGAAUAUCCUCAAAAUGUCGCAGGGCGAGUACGUCGCCCCCGAGCGCAUCGAAAACAUUUACGCCGCAAACUGCGGCAUGAUUGCCAACGGCCUCGUCCACGGCGACAGCUCAGAGUCCACCCUCGUCGGCAUCUUUGGCGUCGAGCCCGAGGCCUUUGCCGCCUUUGCCUCUCAAGUCAUGGGUCGCAAGGUCUCGCCCGCGGACCUGGCGCAGAUCCGGGACGCGGCGGCGCAUCCCGCGGUCAAGAAGGAGUUUCUGCGCACGCUCGAGGACAUUGGCAAGAAGAAGAAGCUGUCGGGCUACGAGCGCAUCAAGAACCUGACCCUAGCAGUGGAGCCCUUCUCUGUCGAGAAUGAGCUGCUGACGCCAACGUUGAAACUCAAGCGCCAACAGGCAGCCAAGGCGUAUCGGGACGACAUUGUCAGAAUGUACAAAGAGAUAGCGCAACGCACUCCCAUUGCGAAGCUAUAA